AUGGAUUUUGCCAAGGCCGAUGAUGCAUGGAAGGUGCGCCUGCUAUUAUGCAAACUGGGCAAUAGAGAACACGAGCGAUACGCGGAUAUCAUUCUGCUGAAAAACCCUCGUGACUUCACUUUCGAUGAAACCGUCCAACGCCUGUCAGAGCUUUUCGGCGAAGAGUCCUCCUCGUUCAAUAUUCGGUGCCAGUGUCUCAAACUGGUGAAAAACGAGGCAGAUGAUUUUCUGACACUCGCCAGUACUGUCAACCGCGAGUGUGAACAGUUCAAGGACCCGAAGUCAACUCUGCAGACAUUGACGGCCGAGCGUCAGCGGCUCAAGAAUAUUAAACAUGAUUCUGCGAUCGUGGAGCGACCCAGUUUCUCGUUUGCCGCCACCAGUAUUCAUGCUGUCACUCGGACGAAGUCGACCUCGCCACAGAAAUCCCAAGAUCCCGCACCCAGAAAACCACCAUCAGCGUGCUGGCAGUGUGGUGACUGGCAUUUUGCUCGUUUCUGUCCAUUCGAGAAACAUUCCAACUCAAUUCUAGCCACAUUCCAGACUGAAUUUGAGGCACGGAGGAAAUAUCUUACGGUUACCAUCAAUGGAAAGCCUGUGCGCCUCGAGCUGGACACGGCAACAGACAUCAGCCUCAUCACCAAGCACACUUGGCAGAUGAUUGGACGGCCUCCAAUGAUCACAUCGGAUAAAAAGGCCAUGAAUGUUUCUGGCGAAUUCCUCCGGCUCAUGGGUGAACUUGAAUGUGACGUUUCCUUUAAGGGCACUAAAUUCAAGGGAACAUGCUACUUUACCAGCCGCCCGGAGCUUGACUUAAUUAGCCUUGACUGA